CAACACCCUUUGUAUGCCAAUGGCCUGGGCCCUGGAAGUUUUGUCCUUUGCGACGCUUGCGUUUGUGACGUUGUCGGAAAAGAGUGACGUUUUGUCACUUCGCUUUUACAGCAAAUCUGGUGACCACUGGGGAUUUGUAGAUCAGGCAGUUCCGAACAGACCCAUUCAUGCGACCUGGCCAAAGCGAUGUUGGCCCCACUGCCGUGAUGAAAACCAUCCGUCCUUUGAAAGAAGUCAGAGAGUGUGGGAACAACGAAUGAAUCGCUUCACAGACGUCAAAUCUAUGAAUCUACAAGAUCGACGUUUUGAAUUUCGGGAUUUCCAUGGUUCCUUUGCGUUGGAUUUCGAGAUACGCAAGUGGCAAACAUUGGAGCAGACCAGUGACGGAAAACAAGGAAAUAGCUUCAAAGGUCUAGCCGAAGCUGCAGAUCUUUUGGAAGCUGAUGAUGGAACGGUCAGAACAGUCGUUGAUGUUGGAGCAAACUUGGGUUUCAGUUCCAUCAUGGUUGCAGCGCGGCUGCCGCACAGCCGGGUCAUUGCCAUCGAAGCGAACCCUGUGCUGUUUCGGGUGUUGCAGUGGAACAUUCGGGCCAACAAUGUCACUGAAAAUGUUUGGCCUCUGAACAUAGCCAUUUCACGAGAAGGAAAUGGUCAGUGCAAUCCAGCAGAUGAAUUGUUCUCAGACUGCGUGACCAUGAAAGUCAGCAAGAAUCACCGCGCAGGCUUUAUUCAAAGUGAAGGUGCGUGUGAGACAAAUCUGCAAGACACAUGCUUUCAAGUGCCAGCAUGGGCCUUGAGAAACGUGGCGCAGCGCCUUAAUCUGACGAAGAUUCAUCAUUUGAAGCUGAACUGCGAAGGCUGUGAAUACCACAUCCUUAGUGACCCAGUAGUGAGGCAGAUGAAGGAACAGGGCGAUCUGGGCAACAUCAGUGGAGAAUUGCACCAUUUCCAUCAGUUCGAACCCUUCGAAAGCAUCCCAGCUGAGAUGGUGGAGCCCACCAUGAAGAUCAUGUGUAACGAAGAAUUUGUUUCAGACAACAGCAGGAUCUGUGAAAGCGCGAGCGGCGCCAAAAGCAGCAGAUUUUUGCUUAGCUACAGCGUUUCAUUGAAGGGAGUAGGUUGGGUCAAGAACAGAGACCAUGCAACACAAUGCAACUUGUCAGAUAUCGUUGUCGGUGUUGGUUCUUGCCGAGCAGUGUGUUGCCUGUCCAGGUCAGUGAAUGCCGAGAAGACGGGGCAUUGUGCAAACCAUGCGAAAAAAAAUCCCUGA